CACACUGGAUCCAUUUGGAGAGACUUCGUCCAACAGGAUCCAUCCCUGUAACACGUGUAACAACACAAGGGGAAAGUAAAGAGGGUUGACUCCAUCCAGGUGGAUCCCGCCUCUUUACGCACGAUGCUUCCUGCAGUGGAGGCCGCCAAGAUCUACCACACCAACUACGUGCGUAACUCGCGCGCCAUGGGCGUGCUGUGGACGGUGUUCACCAUCACCUUCGCCGUCAUCACCGUGGUGGUGUUCAUCCAGCCGUACUGGAUCGGGGACAGCGUGAACACGCCGCAGGCCGGGUACUUCGGCCUCUUCCACUACUGCAUCGGGAACGCGCUCACCUCGGAGCUCACGUGCAAAGGGAGCGCGCUGGACUUCGGCUCCAUCCCGUCCGGCGCCUUCAAGACGGCCAUGUUCUUCGUGGGCAUCUCCAUGCUGCUGGUGGUGGGCAGCAUCGUCUGCUUCAGCCUCUUCUUCUUCUGCAACGCGGGCAGCGUGUACAAGAUCUGCGCCUGGAUGCAGCUGGCCUCCAGUACAUGCAUGGUGAUUGGAUGCAUGAUCUAUCCUGACGGCUGGGACUCGGAGGCGGUGAAGCGAAUGUGUGGCCAGCGGACCGACAAAUACACCUUGGGCAACUGCACGGUGCGCUGGGCGUACAUCCUGGCCAUCAUCAGCAUCAUGGACUCGCUGGUCCUCUCCUUCCUGGCCUUCAGCCUGGGCAACAGGCAGGACAAGCUGCUGCCCGAGGACUUCCAGGUGGAGGGGAAAGAUAAUGCAUAGACGCAGAGACCACCGAUGAGACAGAAACUGCUGACUCAUGGGAUUCAAAAGUGUUCAAAGUCUUUGAUCGUUUUUAAAAAAUCUAUACGUGUCAAU